UUAAAGGAUUUUCUAUAUAAUUUAUUGGAUAUUAAAAUGAACGAUCACGAAAUUGAGAAUUUGAAAACAGAAUUAGACCACGAAAAGACAUGCAGAGAAUCUGCUGCUUGGCAGAAUGGAGAAUUAGAAAAGCAAAUUGUCUGUAUGCAAGAAGAAUUGCGUAAAGGAGAAUAUCCAUGGGAUUCCGAUAACGAUUUACAAAAAGAGAGUAUAAAACACAAGCAUUUAUUAGAAGCUAUAGAUGCUUUGAAACAACAGCUGCUUGUUUUAAAAGAAAAAAUUAAGGGUGCCAGAAUUUGUGGACUAGAUUGCAAGUUAAAACAUGACGAUUUAAACAUUAAUUUGGAUAUUCUUACUCCAGCUGAAUUACUGCGCACUGUUAAACGUUUCGAGAGACUUAAAACCGAUUUGAUAAGUACACUACGAAGCAGGGAAUGGCGUUUGGAUUCCGAAUCAAAGUUGUUUGUACGGGUCAAUGAUCAAAGGACUUAUUUACAAAAUGAACUAAUGAUAUGCCACAAUAAUAUCAUGCGUCUUCAGAAGAAUGGAACAUACUGGCAGACUAUUCCUCGCAGAAACGACGAGAGGGUUUUGGAUCCAAAGCGAGGCCCUAUAAAGAAAAUAUUUGGUAACGAACGAUUGCCGCCUAUUGUUACUUAAUAUAAACGUUUAAUUAUCUAAUUAAAUGACCAUUAUACUACCUACACUUCAUAGUUGACUUAUAUUAAGUUUCUGCACAGCUUGGUCCUUUGAGCCGGAUAAAAUAAAUUAUAUCACUAAUAAUAAAGUCCAAUAAAUAUUCACAAUAGCAUAAAACCUUCUUUUUUUCAAAAGUCUAUUUAAUG